AGUUGUAUUUUUGCUCUCUAUGUAAGCGAACGUGUAUGCCGUGCGUGAACGUGUAAUAACGGUUUUGGGUUUUUGCUGGCCGAUGACCGUUUGCGGUUAACUAAUAAUAUUUGUAAUAAACGCACGGAAUUUUUGCGAACCGAUCGGAAUUUAUUUUUCGCAAUUAUAUAGUCGCUUUAUGUGCGACCUAAAUGAAGUGAAACAUGAGAUUUUAAAGUGAUUUAAAAUUGUGAAAUGGAUACAAUAUCGUUUAAUAUCACGACUUCGUGGAAAUAAAAAAAUAUACAUACAUAUAUCUAAAUAGUUUUCUUUUGCAUUUAUGUAAGGACAUAUCAACAAAUAGCCGAUAUAAUUGUGGAAUAAUUUUAAACGAAUUAUUUAAGCAAUCAACAAUAAAAAGCAGCAAGUGUUACCAAUAAAGUCAAGCAGCUCUAAAAAUAUGCCAUCAAAUUCAAUAAAACCACCGGCGUUAUAGCAAUCCACAAAAGCUGCCACAGUAUUCGAAACAUAAAGACUAUUUGAGAUAACCAAACCGUGUUUUAGAAAAUGCAGCUUACUUAUUUACUAAAUUGGGCAAUAUGCUGCGCUCUUAUUUGUCUGCUGUCCGUCGAUUUCGUAACCUCUCUGCGAGAUGUGCGCGUCAAAAUCCCACAUGCCGCGCGUCGCGGUGAAAAGGUAACACUGAAGUGUCUCUACGAUCUGGAGGGUGACAGUCUAUACUCAGUGAAAUGGUAUAAAGGACGACGCGAAUUCUACAGUUUCACGCCAAAAGAAACGCCAGCAAUUAAAGUCUAUCAGAUAACAGGGGUGAGAGUUGAGCGUUCGGCAUCCAAUGAGAGCCAAUUGGUACUGGAUUCGGUUAGUGUCUCCACCACUGGUAAAUAUAGUUGUGAAGUGUCAGCAGAUGCGCCAUCCUUUCACACUGAGAUCUCGGCCGGUGAACUGGAAGUGGUUGUACCGGGAAAGGAUCCAGUUAUUUCCGGCAUAAAGUCACGUUAUCGUGUUGGAGACAUAGUUCGUGGCAAUUGCACAUCGCGGCAUUCCAAGCCAGCGGCAAAUCUAACGUGGACCAUAAAUGGACGAGAGACCAAUCCCUCGCAUAUACGCCACCACAAACCCAUGCGAGAGGCGCGCGAGCUGGAAACAGCCGUUUCGGGAAUACACUUCGUGAUCACACCGCAACAUUUCAGCGCUGGAAAAUUAAAGAUACGCUGUACUGCACACAUUCACGAUGUCUACUGGAAAUCGACGGAGAAGUCGAUUGAAGAGGAGCGUCACAAACACAAUAUUAACGCGGUCAAUACAUUUUCAGAUGAUUACUUUGAUUCGGGGGAUGACCAACUGAUAGAUCGAUCCGACACAUACACGACGCACAUAAAAGGUGCUGUCUCAUCCUUGAAUGCCAAUGGCGCAGCACAACAACAUUGUCAUUGCCUGUCAUUGCUGGUGCGUGGGACGACACUGGCCCUGGCGGCCUGGCAUGCUAUGCGAUAUUUUCACCAAUUAUGCCGGCAAUUGUUUGUUUGGCGUGAAACAAUGGCGUCAAAAGGAACAACAAUACAAGCAAUCAAAACAACAAAAACAGCGACAACAACCAGAGUGCAUAAUAGAAGCUUCACGCGAGCCAAAGGGCAACUAUUAAGUGGGACAAGUGCUGACGAGGCAACUUCAAAAGCUGCCGUAAUGACAACACAAGCGCCAACAACAACAGCAGCAAUAUUUGCAGCAAUGCCUGUUUGCCGCAGCAACUGGGCAGUCGCCGUCGAGCAAACAAAAUAUCGAACGCGAAAUGAAACGACGAAUUCACAAUUAAUAGAGAGAAUCAACGUGCAGCAACAAUUACAACGCCGGCAACAACAGCACCGACAGCAACAACAUAUAGUUGGGUUUGAAAAAAGGCCAACAACACAAAAGCAGGCACUUAAACUACAAAAGCACUCGCCGAAAGGGGCGGCAACACUGCCAACAAUGCGAAUAGCAAUUAAAGCGAAAACAGCUAAAACAACGGCAAAAACAGCAACAGCAAGUGCUGCAAUUCCAACAAAACUAUUGCUCGCGCAUGCAACAGCGACAGCAACAUGAUUUUCUCAUUUAUAGAAUAUAUAAUAUAUAGUAGAUAAAAACAAAAUAAAAUCAUAAAAAAGUAGUGUGGAGUGGACGAGGGAAGCACGACGAACUUCGUUGACAGCAAAAUUAUUCUCUUUGGCAUUAUUGAUGAGUUCUUCUCGCAUUCUCUCAGACACUUAUAAACUCCUCUUAAAACUGAAUCCAACUGCAUUUCGAACGGAUGUGUAUUUCAGACAUUCAAAAUCCGAAAAUUCUCAAAAACUAGCGUUUAAAGCGAUUUAGAAUUUGCGUUUUUCCGACUAACUAAAAUGACCAUAAGCCAUUUGAUGCCAACCCCCAAGCAGUUUGUGCGCAAGCAAUUAAUACGAACACAACUACCAUAUAUAACUCUAAUAACUCUAGGCGUGUGCUAUAAAACGUCAGCUACGCAUUGUAAUGAAGAUUACACACACACACACACCACACACGCGCAUACAUAUACAUAUGUACUGAAAAACGCCUACAUAUGGAAUAUAUAUUUACACAUGUAUAUAGUUACAAACGUACAUAUGUUGUACUUAUAUUGUAAUUAUGUACUCGAUCAAAUUGCUAAUUUCUCUAUGUAAUUGAAACCAACAAUUUGAUUUUGUUUUCAAAAUCCAAUACAAAUAUCAAUUAUAAACGCUUAAUUUGCCGACUGAAGUAUGUACUUAGGUGUGUACACUUUAUUUUGCCCACGACUAAAUAGUACGUUACUGAAUGUUUACUCAUUACUAAAAAUAUUUUGUUAUGUUUUCAAAUAAUAAUUAUUAAGGUAAGUAAUCAUACUCGUGCAAAUAUGUACAUAAAAAAUCAAAAAAAAAAAAAAAUAAAUAAAUAAAUUAAAUAAAAAAGUGUAUUGUUAGCAGCCAAAACCAAACAAAUCUCCAUACUACAGUUAUGCAUUACUUUACCGUUAUAUACAAAUAUACGCCAAAUAAUAUAAAACUAAUUUAUGUACUUGUAACCAAUGUGUAAAUGUGUGCAGAUGUAAGUACUUUGGAGAAAAUAAGAAGGAACGUCUUGGAGCAAAGAGAUAUACUUCUUCUUACACUAUUUUCUAUAUUUUUAUUUUAAACAUUUUAAACGUUGUCUUUAUGUGCUAGAUAAUUGUUUAAUGUAAUUAAAUAAUAAUAUUAAUUUAAAAAAGUUUUGAUUUACGAGGUGUGUCCUAAAAAUAAUUGCUUUUGGAUAUAGAAUAAAUAAUGCACAUAAUAUUGUCCGUGAAAGUUUAUUUUUAUUCCAAUUAGGUCGCAUUAGACGCAAUACAACGUUUGGAACAAUCAAACAUUCGCUGCAUAUAUGCUGAAUGGCUAGAGGGAUAUCAUCAUAAAAUGCUACUUUCAUGUUGGUCUUCUUUUUCAUUUGAAGAGAUGUCUUCACAUGUCUUUUCCAUGGGUUAUGGGUCAAAGGCAACAGUUAAAUCUCCGAAGAAAUUAUUCCAUUUUGGUUUGGUGAUACAUGAGCUGAAAAGUACCGGGCCUAACAAAAAAAUACGGUUUUUUGUUUUUGUUCAAAAUUGUAUUUAUUUAUCAAUAUUAUAUCCAUCAAGAGCAACACAAUUAUUCCAGCGCCGCUCUAACUUUUCAAUACCGCUUUUGUAGAACGAUUUGUCUUUUGCCUCAAAAUAGGCCGUUUCAGUGCUAACCUCUUCAUUUGAGCGAAAUUUCUUACCGGCGAGCAUUUUUUUGAGGUCUGCGAUCAACCAACUCUGGAGAAUAAGGUGGAUGCGGCAGUAGUUCAAAGAACAAUUCACGCAUUGUUUUGAUUGACUUGUGACACGGUGCGUUGUCUUGAUGAAGCAAAGAAUUUUUUUCCCCCCAUAUGCGGUCGCUUUUUUACAAUUUCGGACUUCAAACGUUCCAAUAACGCUAUAAAAUAAUCACUAUUGAUGGUUUUUUCCUCCUCAAGAUGGUGGAUGAAUAUUACACCUUUCAUAUCCCAAAAUACUGAGGCCAUAACCUUUCCAGCUGAUUGUUGUGCUUUUGCGCGCUUUAGACUAGGUUCACUGAAGCUGUCCACUCAGAUGAUGAUUGUUUUGAUUCCGGAGUGACAUUUGCGUACCUUCUUUUUCACAUCAUAAUUUUAUGAAGUUAUUUUUAAUGCUGCAAAUUUUCAAUAGAUAACAGGGACACACCUUGUAUAAUUCCACAAAACAAAUAGAAAAAUUCUUAACAGGUCCCUGUAUAUUAUAUGAACUGUAUUGAUAUAUCUUGAAACCUUUUUCUCAAAAAUUUGUUGAAAAAAUCCGAGUCGAAUUUCCUAAUAUUUCUUCUCAAAGUCCUAUUUAUUUAAUCUUCUACACUUAAGUAAACAUAACGGAAAUCUAAAAACACUUCGGCUACUGGUUUUUGUAGUAAAGCCAAGAAAAUAAUAAUUAAAAAAUAUUUAUAAAUAUAUAAGUAUAAAUAAAAAAUUAAUACUUGGAUAUGUGUAGAUAAGUAAAGAUACGUACUUUGUUAAACAACCCUAAGCAGGUUUCCCUUAUAAAAAGACGAAUAGAGUUUUAGACAACCGAAACAAAAAUUAUAAUUCAUAAGCCAAAGAGGAAAUCAAAAACAAAACUGAAAAAAAAACAUAAAUUUAAUUAAAACCGUAUUAAUAGAAAAUAUUUUUUUUUUGUAAGUACUGAAGGCUGCGGUUAAAUGUAAAAAACAUUAUUAACAAUAUUUAUUAUUAAAGUAUAUGAGAAUAAUAUAUAUUACAAAUAAAUAAAUACUUUAAAAGUAGAGCUAAUCGUAGACCAUUUCGAGAUACAAAUGUUGUGAAAAUAACGUAUGCAUUUAAAAGCAUAAUGGUGCGAAGGUUAAUGCAAAUCUCGCAAUAUGAUAAAGCAAAUAACUUAAUAUAUAGAUAUUGUAUACAAAUUAUACAAAAAUAUUAAAAAUCAGAAGUAAACAUAUAAACAUAAUAUAUAAAAUAUUAAGAAAAGUAUGCUCAUCUACAGAACUACUUUAAGAUCGAGCAUAGGAACCAGAAAGCUAUUUGCACCGAAACUUCAAACUUAAGCUUUUUUGCCUUUCCGAAGAUAACACUGUUAUUUCCACGUUUUAUUUUUUUAGAGGUUAAAAAUGUAUUUUAAAAUUAGCUAAAACAAAUCGCUGUAAAUUAUCAAAGCAAAACUCGCACAUUUUUAGCUUUUAAGACGCGCACUCAAUUUUUAGUUAUUUACCAAGUAGUUAGUAGCAAAAGUUAGAGUUUUCUUUGUUAAGAGCACUUAGCUAUGCCGGUCAGAAAAGAACUCAGCUAUAAAAUAUAUAGGAAAUAAAAGUAUAUAUAAACUUGUAAAGUAAUGUAAUAUUUAAAUAAAUAUUUAAAAUUAAAAAAAUAAUACUUUAUUUUGUAAAAAGCUAAAAAUAUUUAAAAAGUGCAUACAGUCGCUUAAAAAAGUAUGGGUAAACAGCUGAUGCACAUGAGCAAUGUGCAUAUAACAAGCUUAAAUAAUGAACUGUAUUUAAAAGAAGACCUAUAUAUAUAUAUAUAUAUAUUAUAUAAUUGUAUAAAUAUAGCAUAAGCAUUAAUGUAUUACUACAAAUAAACUGCAAAUAUGUAUUUAUGGGAAUAAUAUUUAUGUAUAUGAAAGCAAAUGUUAAUCCAUUAGCCUCCCGCAGCAACACUUAAUAAUAUUACGAAAAGCGUUAAACCAAAGAGUAAACUGUGUGUUUUCCAUUAAAAACAUUUUUUCCACUCAUUCGUGCAACACAAAUGUAUAAUCAUAUUUUCGUAGAAUAAAUGCAUACAAAUACUGCUGCAACAAAGUAAACACAAAAAAACAAAAAAACAAAAACACAAAUACAUACAUACACUUUUUGUGAAAACAUGUCUAUAUUAUUAUGCCAAACAUAAUUACAAUGUAUUAUAUAUACACACACAUACAAACAUAUACGAUAACUAUUAAUAUACACACAACCACACAGACAUUGUGAAAACACUAUAGCAACUAUAUUCAGAAAAAUACAGUUAAAAAACACAUAAUUAAUUGCUGCGAAUGUGUGCGAUACAACCGUGCCGUAAGAGUGAAUACGUUAUUUGAUUAAAUGCAAAUAUUUCAGUUAUAAUUAAAUUAAGUGCUCAAAAAACUGACAGAUAUUUACAAAAAGCUCCCCCGACGCAAAAAUUUACACCACAUAAUUAUGAUUUAUCCAUAAAUAAUUAACUUGUUUCCCCGACUUAUGGACCACCCGAGAAAAAAGCAUUAACAAAUUUUCGUUGGAGUUAAAAACAAAUAAGAAAAUUAUAACGAAAAAAAUUAAAACGAGAUUUUAGUAAGCAGCGUUUUCGCGCUAAAUAUUUAGUUUUAAAUAAUAUUAGUUGCUAAGUUGUAUAAAAAAACAAAUGUCUAUGGAAUACAGCCAAAAUGAAAGCAAACAAAUGCAUGAAUAAAGAACUUAUAAAAACACUGAAAA